GAUUUUUCCUCCGAAACCGACUCGGAUACCUGGAUGAGUAAUUAGUCCCUCGCUGGAACUCGGCCUGCUGCUCGAUUCGUCUCCGAGAUGCGAGGGGAAACCGAGGCCUUGGGAUUGGAUCGAUGAAGAAUCCGCCCCUUUAACAAGCCUAAUCCGCACCUUAUUAUAGAGGCAUUCGACAGCUGACGUUUGUAGGGGUCGGACCCAUCUCUCUCGGGCUAUCAUCUUCUUGUCGAUUGCAUCUGUCGGAUGUCGGAACGCUCGUACGAAGUUUCCGUGUGGGAAAGCCAGGACGAGUUACGGCAUGCGCAGCACGAGAUGAGGUUGCGAUAAUGAAGGUUUUUCUCGGAAUCGGAGCUUCUGCUUAUUCAGAGAGGACGUUAUUGGAACGCUCCCAGUGAUCCCCCGUCUCAUCGAUCGUUGUGCAUUCGCUGGCAUUCCCACCACCCGCCUUUUUCCCUUAUCGUUCUUUUGCUUUAUGUCUAGAUUGGAGCGCACCGCGCGUACUCGUCGACCUCGUCUUUCUUUUCCGUUCGGAGGUCUGAGAGCUUCCGAGUUCAUCAGACCCGCGAUCGAGCUCGAGAUUUUCUUUUCAGGGGGGCCGAAGAGGAGAGGGAAUGGGAGAUGGGAAUUUCUUCUCGGCCGUCUUGCACCUGGCGUUCUGCUCCUUUCCGGGUAGGGAUAUUAAAUUGAUUAAAUCAGGGGAAGCAAUUGAACUGGAUUUUAGGUGGGUAGUGCAGGGAGCGGCCACCAGAUGUAGGGUGUGUCGUUUGGCACGCUUUCGGUAGAGGUAUGAGCGGGAGGUGCGGUUCGACGAGUGGUUGGGAGAGGAGGGCUUUUCUCUGGGCUCCAUUCGGGUUCGGGAACGUUUCCGAAAUCCGUGGAGAUCUCUCUCACCGCGGCGCGCUCUCUCUCUCUCUCUCUCUCUCUCCUGCGUCUCUCUCUCGCGCUCACUCACUUCCUUGCUCGUGCUUGAAACUCAGGAGCUCAGUCUGCGGCCGGCCUGCCGACUCGGAAGGUGGUCGUCUCGCUCGUCUGUCCGGUCUUAUUUUCCAUCUACCGGGACUCGCUUCUCUUCCCUUUCUCUUUGACUACUUUUGUGAUAUUCCGCUCGACGCCGGACGAACCCGCGCGUGUACAUGCCGAUACGCUCUGUGAUAGACCUGUGGACUGGUGCUCGCAUCCGGCAUCCGUGAAAAGGGGAAUUCUGGACAUGAGCGCCGUGAUCGAUGUCAGCUUUCCAUCCGAUCGGUCGCACGUUUUGAACGACAAGGAAGAGCAGGGAUAUUUGGUGUCGAAUAAGACGUUGGACGGCGUGUUGAAAUCUUCCGGGUCCUCGCGAAGUCUACCCACGCUCCAGCCGAAUCCGUACGUUCGCUCCAAGCCGAUCGAGAUCGAGUCCAGAGGAGGCGACGGUUCGUUCGCCAUGAUGAUCGUGAGCCCGAAGCUCUUCGAUGCGGGGAAGAACGUUUUCGGAAAGGGGGAUACGGGGUAUCCGUCGUUGGGACUCGUGGUCGACAAUGCGAACUAUAUUCACCGGGAUGUCAUGCUCAGCAAUCGACCUCGAUCGGCCAGUUUCGGUCAGGUCUACCGUCAGAGUCAGUUCAUGAUCAAGAGGACUUUCGAGGUCGUGGAGUCCUUCCGCGGGAACGACGUUUCGAGGCCGUGCGAAUGUCCGCCGCCGCGAAUCCCGACCUGCUGCUGCCUUUGUUACUACCCGCCGCUGCUUUUGGGACCGAGCGAGGCGUCGAAGGCGAAGGCCCGGGACCUCUGUCAGAAGUGGUUGACGGGGAGGAGCCAGGAAGGAGAGGAGGUCUUCAUGUCUCAUUCUUUUGCUGCAGAAUGCUUGGGUUGCUUUCACCGGAUCUGCGUGGCUCAUGCCGGGAAGACCCCCUGCGACAAGGAUCAAGAUGCGCUUCCGCCGGUGACCCAUUCGUCCGAAGUGCCAUUGAACCAGUGGACCUCAGCCAAUGUGAUGGAAUGGAUGGCCGUCCUGCAUCUCGACCGCUACGCCGAGGUAUUCCGCUCCAAGGACAUCAAGGGGGUGGAUCUCCCGUCGUUGGACAAGGACAAACUCUUGAACAUGGGGAUCAAGGACGAGUUCCACCAGAAGGCGAUCUUGGUGUGCGUGGAGGAGCUGCUACGGCGGGAUGCGGCUGCCGUCACGGACGUGGGGGAGGAGACGAUGCAGGUGCCGGGGGGGGAGACGAUGACGGCGUCGGCUGCCACGCACAGGCUCCAGGGGACGACCUUCACGUCGCUCCAGAAGUGCCACAAGUGUAAUGGACACCUUCGGGGGCUCAGUCAUCAGGGGUUCGUCUGUCAAGACUGUGAUCUAGUGUGUCAUCGCACCUGUUCGGUCACCGGGCUCCUGGCGUGUGCACCGUGUUCGGCUCAGAAGGGAAAGACCAUCCGUACUUCAUCCGAUCUGGAAAGCUGUGAUUUUUCGUCGCUGGAUGCGCACGUGGUGUCCAGCCUCCUGAAGAAGUACUUGAGGGAAUUGCCGGACCCGGUCAUUCCGGUUCAGUGGUACGACAAGUUCCUCGAAGCGGCACGUAAGUCCCGGCUCGCAUUUCGAUUCGGCGCGACCUCGGUCGGUGGAUCGGUGACGACGUCUGUCGCCCGCAUAGGGAUCCGCGACGAGGAUCAGAGUGCGGCCUGCCUGUGCCAGUUGUGCCUGGCGAUCCCGGAUGCUCAUCGGAGGACGCUGGAGACGCUGAUGGCGCACUGGUGCCGGGUCUGUCGGCACAUGCACGCGCAGGGGCAGACGCAGCCGCCGAUGGUGCUCGUGCAGACGCUGGGGCAUUUGCUGCUAAGGCCGCCGUGGGAGAGGAUCAUCCAAGUGGUGUACAACAUGGAGCUGCACAUGCGGAUGGUGGAGCUGCUGCUGCUGAAGGGAGACUGGGGGGAGGAGAUGCCGGAGUUCGCGUCGGCACCGGCCUUGCCUCCGCGUCGACCGACGUUCUCGAAGACGCUGGAGAAGGAGAGGGGUUCCCCGUCCACGCCCCCCGCGUCCACGCCCGAUCCCAAGCGGGCGCUGCAGGAGGCCGAGUGGUAUUGGGGGAACAUCACGAGGGAGGAGGUGAACGAGAAACUCAAAGACACUCCCGAUGGGACGUUCUUGGUCCGAGAUGCGUCCAACAAGACGGGGGAGUACACGCUGACGUUACGGAAGGGCGGGAGCAACAAACUCAUUCGAAUCUCGGAGAAGGACAAUCACUACGGCUUUUCGGAACCGUACAGCUUCUCGUCGGUGGUGGAGCUCGUGAAUUAUUAUCGGAACGUCUCCCUGGCUCAGUACAACCGCACUCUGGACGUGAAGCUCACUCAUCCGGUGUCCCGCUUCGGACAGGUGGUGGAGGAGGACAUGGAAGUGAACGUGGAGGCCCUGGAGAAGAGGUUACAGGACUUGAAUCGGGAGUACCUGGUGAAGAGCAGGGACUUCGACGACAUGUUCGAGGAGCACGGUCGGUUCUCGUCGGAGCUGCAGAUCAAGCGGCAGGCGCUGGAGGCGUUCAACGAGGCCAUUGCGAUGUUCACGGAGCAGAUGAAGGUGGCCGAGGAGGCGCAGAAGGAUGCAUCCACUUAUAUAUACAACAGGUGCGGGGGAGGGGUGGUCUGGUCUCGUGGGUCUGGGUCGGGGCGUGAGGGACGCGUGACGUGGAUGUCGUCCGUGGAUCGUUUUAGCUUGCAAGAGAACUAUAAGCUGCUGAGGAGUCGGGUGCACGACAUCCAGGAGAACAAGAAUCGGCUGGAGGCGGACGUGCAGAAUCAGACGGCCCACAUACGCUCGUUGGACCGGGAGAUGAAUGCCCUCAAGCCAGAGAUCAUUCAGUUGUACAAACAGCGAGAACAGUGUCAUAGCCGUCUCGUGAGCCAGGGCGUGAGUCACGACCGAGUGAACGAGAUCCUGCAGGCGUCUUCGACGGAGAACAUCGCGCCGUACGUGCACGAGGACUCUCUGUACGUGGACGGCCUGCACUCGUCGGGGCUGGUGGAGAUGCCGGCGUCGCCGCCGAUGGACGGGCCGGCGUCUUUCCUGGACGAGAAUCUCUGGUAUCUGCCGACUUGUACGAGGCAGGAGGCGGAGAGGCUGCUGGAGGGGAAGCCGCACGGGACGUUUCUCAUUCGGAAGUCGACGAGGAGUAGCGGAUAUGCGCUGUCCAUUGUAAGAGCAUUUCCACGUUUCAUCUCGGGUCUCGCAUUUCCGUGCAGGUGCUCCGACAAGGUGGGUCACUGCCUGAUCAUCAGUUCGGAGCGAGGCGUGGGAUUCGCCGAGCCCUACGACAUGUAUCCGACGCUGCGAGACCUGGUCGAACAUUACAUGCACGUGUCGUUGAGGAACCAUAAUUCGCAGCUGCCGACGACGCUGGCGUACCCGGUCCGAGCCGCCCCGGUCGAGUACGUUCGGCCCAGCUGA